CGAUAAUCUUGUCUUCUGAAUUGGCGGCGCGGUCAACUGCAUUGUGGGAGUUCACGUGACAGUGAAAAGAUGGCUGACGAGAGAGAACCUCCUCCGCUCGAAGAGUUUUACAGUAUUAAAGACGAAGACGACCUGUUUGCUGAUGACAGUGAGACAAAGAAGUUUGAACCAGCCAGUCUCAUCUUAAACGAGGAGAAAGAUGGCCCAGCAAGUUUGCCAGAGGACAAUUUGAAAACGGAGGAUCUUUUCGCGGUUGAUGCUUAUCCACUUGAAAGCAAUGCAGAUUUAUUAGAUUAUGGUGAAGAAUUCCGAAAAGGAAUAUUGGAUCUAGGCGGUGGGACCGAAAUCAGUCUGGAACCAGACACUGAGCCGUCCACUACUGACACACCGACUGAAGCUCAGCCGGCUGGAAGUGCUCUCCCUACUCUCAACAGUGGUGGGACUGAAGUAAGGUUGGACUCCGAUGAAGAGGAGACCGAAACCCCGACUGAGGCCCAACCGGCUGGAGUGUCACUCCCGUCAGAGAGCAGUGAUGUCUCCAGAGCAGAUGAAGAACCUCCAAGAGUCGGUAUCUCACAGACAUCAACUACUUCGAAAAUGUCUUCAUCGACUAUGAAGCAAGACAAAAAUGAGAUUGAGGAAGAAGAUCCUUUUACUCUUGAAAUAAAAGUCUGUGAACCCAACAGGGUGGGAGAUGGCAUGGGAGCCUAUAUUGUUUAUAAAGUCAUCUCCAAGACUAAUAUUCCUGCAUUCCGUAAAACUACCAUGACAGUGCUAAGACGAUUCAGUGAUUUCUUGGGACUACAUGAAAAAUUAGCUCUUAAGUACAUUCGAGAUGGACGAAUUGUGCCACCAGCCCCCGAAAAGAGUGUCCUUGGGAUGACCAAAAUCAAGAUGAAUAAGGAGGAAUCUGGAUCCACCGAAUUUAUCGAAAGACGGCGACUUGCAUUGCAAAGAUUUUUGUCAAGGACGUCUGCUCAUCCUGUUCUCCGUGUUGACCCUGACUUCAGAGAUUUUCUUGAAAAAGACGGUGACCUCCCUCGAGCAACAAGCACCUCUGCUUUGAGUGGGGCUGGGGUUAUGCGUCUCUUCCACAGAGUUGGAGAUGCUGUUGAGAAGAUAACUUACAAGAUGGACGAGACAGAUGAGACGAGGGAAUGUUUCUCUCAGUGGACAACUGCUUAUCUCCAAGCAUACUUAUGCUCCAUCGUUCCUCGCUUUUCCGUUGACCAGCCGGAUUCUGACUACGAGUGGUUUGAAGAGAAACAGCAACAGGUUGAGGCAUUGGACACUCAGCUUCAGAAGUUACAUAGAAGUGUAGAAAACUUGGUGCAACAACGAAGAGAGUUGUGUUUAAGCACUGGUCAAUUUGCCAAAAGUGCUGCAAUGUUGGGCAAUGCUGAAGAACAUACAGCUUUGUCACGGGCCCUGUCACAGUUAGCUGAGACUGAAGAGAAAGUAGAGCUGUUGCAUAAAGAUCAAGCCGACCAGGACUACUAUGUUAUUUCGGAGCUGCUGAAGGAUUACAUCAACUUGAUACAGUCAGUGAAGGAUGUUUUCCAUGAACGUGUCAAAUGUUAUAAAAACUGGAAGGAUGCUGAAGUGAUGUUGGCCAGAAAGCGAGAGAACAAGGCUCGUCUUGAAGUGGCCCAUAAAACUGAUAAAUUAUCUCAAGCCCAGCAAGAAAUUACAGAGUGGGAACAAAAACUAGAGAAAGGUCAAGAAGACUUUGAGAAAAUAUCAGAAAUAAUCCGGAAAGAAGUGAAGUUUUUUGAAGUGUGCAGAGUGGCUGACUUUAAAGCUGCUGUGAUUACUUACCUGGAACAUUUGAUGGAGACUCAACAAAAGCUUAUUAAAUACUGGGAAGCAUUUUUACCUGAAGCUAAAGCAAUUGCGUGAUAAAAGCAAGGUGACAUCCUUAAUCUACAGGAGUCAGGGUGGAAAGUUGAGAUGAUAUGGAGUGAGUUGGAGUGAAUAUGGAAGACCUCGUGUGACUAACAAUGUCUGCGUAAAUAUGGCAUUUGGUGUUUGUAACAGCAGCAGCAGCAGCAGUUGUGUUGGUGGUGUUUAGUGAUUUCAGCAGGGUUGUUGGUGAUUGCACACAGUACCCACACUUCUUUUAUUAGCAGCUGGCACACCACCCUGUAUCACUAUCAUCCCUCUCUAUCACCACUAUUAACUAGUGAUAUAUAUACACAUAUAUAUAUACAGACACACACACCCA